AUGGAUACCGGUUCCAGCAGUGGAAUGCUGUACGCCGCAUUACUUUGUGACUCCCCGGGGCCUUCUACUAGCGCUAGGCAGAGAAUCCCCGAAGAGUCAACCGAGUCGCGCCAGCGGGGGAAACGUGCUGGAAGACCGUGGUCAUUAAAACCGCCACCGCCGGGAACUCUUGUAUUGGCUGUUGAUCGAAACCUCGAAGAAGUACCGAUCGUCCAGGCCAAGAGAAAGGACCCGCCGGCGUGGGACAGUUCUUCAGAAAGCAAGUGCUCGAAACGCUCAUUGGGACACAGACAAAACUAUUCUCUCGCUCUUGAAAACGACCCAAUAAUGGCAAAACUGGGACAACUACAGGAACUACUGCAUAUCGAAGCGAGAGCAAAGCUGCAACCCAAGCCCCCGGCGAACAAGCUGGCAGAAUGUUGGGAAAAUGAUGGAGUAGACUCGCCGUGGCUGAAAAUGAAGGAACAACUCGUAGCGGAGGUCAAAGAAAAAUACGUACGUCUUCUCUGCGCCGAGAAGGAAGUCAUCGAAAGAACUGGGGCUUUUUCAGCAUCUCCAGUGAAAGAAUUGGACAAGGCGCAGUGGUCAGUGCUGAUCGGGCUGACGCGAACAUUACCCCACGAGCAGGAAGACUUUCUCCUGGCAUCCCAUGAUCCUGUACUUGCCAGAGUGGUGCAACGGUUAGCAGGUCAUUAUGAACUACCCGAGCGGCUUUGGCGGAACAGCAACAAGGCCAUCCUGGAAAUCUUGCAACAACGAAUCCCAGAUCACCUGGAGAAUAUGAUUGCGUAUGUCGACUUGUCCUUCAAGAUGCUAUCGCGGCUCGACACUAAAUUUCCAGAACUUGGGGACCGCUGGGCCGAAUGCAUGCAGGACCUCGAGACUUAUCGAGACUUCCUCGAAGGAAUUCAUGUCAACGGGUCAAAUUCCGAUAAGGAACUUCCACCAAGUAGCGUCGCAUAUCAGCAUCUGGGCCAAAGCUCGGAAAACGGAGAAGCGUCAUCUACUGGUGGUAGUUGUUUCUCGGACGCUACCUUCCAACUACCGCCGCAGAGAGAUGGCAAACAUUAUUUUCCGUUCCUUGGUGCAGGACAAUCCAUCCAUUUGCUGUUUGGAAGCGGUGGUUCAGAAUCGAGCGACGACAGUCACUCCUUUGCGCCGGACAACGAUUUCGGCGGAUGCACCGAUGACGAGACCAAGAUUCAAGAAGAAUUCGACCGGUGGUUCAGCGGGCUGACUCCAAAGCUGUUUGACGCCGAGGGAAAGAACAAGUGGGUGUUGCUCGGCUGGCUCCACUAUGGGAAGCAUCUUGCUAGGAGUUUCUGGUCGUACCAGAGGGUCUUCAAGGUACUGCUCCUGAAUGUGCUUCUGUGA